AUGUCCAUAACCCUUCUCAGCGUUAGAACUACAUUUGCAUCAAUGACAAGUGAUGCUAUAUCCACUAACGCAGCGAAUGUGGAACUGUUGAGUUUAUCUGAGCAGCAUCUGUAUCGUAAAGCAGAGUGGAGGCGAGUCAUCAAGCAGAUUGACAUGGUGUUGGAUAUCCUGCCAAAGGCACAGACAUGGAUUAGACAGACCUUUGCUAGGUUCAAUGAUUGCCGCAUUUGGCCAGUUCGUGGUGACUGGCUAGGGACAAGCCAAGGAGCGAUAAACGUCGCCUUGGAUGUGUGGAUGCUUAUCCUUUCAAUGACAAAACUAUGGAAAAUCGGCAUCAAACCUAAGAAGAAAAUCGGAAUCAUGUCCAUGUUUGGCGAGGGUGCAUUGUAUGUCACAACUUUUAUGUCUGCAGCGAAAGCCACUAUUGUUAAUAUUCCAGUAGCGGACGCUGUCGAUACAGUCAUCUGGUCUAUGGUGGAAACGAGUAUAGGAAUGAUGGUUGCCUGCAUGCCAGGUGCUCGCCAAUUUGUCAGGGACAUAUUAUCGCGAGUAACACGUGGAAAGUCUACUGAGACAAAUGACAAAGGGAGUGUUUUCAUUGAUCAGCCAUUGGCGACAAUUGUUAUGACGAGGCAGGACACUGAAAUCGAAACCGAUCACUCCUUUUCGACUACUAUAGUGAAAGCUAAUGCGCGGAUGGAGACGGAUAGAUAG